AUGCAUUCAUCUCGCCUCGUCUUUGCAGACCUCCCCACAGAACUCCUCCGUGACAUCUUCGAGCAUGCUGCCGACCUCGACCGCCCCACCGCGCUCUCCCUCGUGCUCGUCUCGUCCCCCGUCCGCCGUUGGACAGAGCCUGCCCUCUACAACACCGUCGUCCUCUCCACUGCCCCCGCCCUGCGCGCAUUCCUCGCAGCCAUCUCCCACAAAUCGCCCGAGUUCGUGCACGCCCGCGUCAAGCACCUCGGCGUCUUCGCCCUCGGCCCCAUCCAGAGCAUCCACCGCGUCCUCCACGCCUGCACCGGCCUGCGCACCCUCGCGUGCGGCUUCUCCCUCCCGGGCUACCAGCGCACGCAGGGCGCCCGCCCCCUCCAUGCCCGCCUCUCGCGCGAACAGCACUUCCUCGGUCUCUCCUGCCGCGACGGCUGGGACACCGCCCUCGUCGGGCCCUCCGUCACCCACCUCCGCAUCCACCUCACCGCCCCUGACUCCUGCAGCCCUGACGCGCCCCUCGGGCUCGCACGCGCCGCGGCACACGAAGACGCCUCCACCUGGGAGCGCUUCGCCCGCCUCGCCGCCCUCACGCACCUCGCCGUCGUCCACGCGGUGAGCCCGUCCACGCCUGCGACGGCCCUCCUCCCCAUGCUCCACCGCCUGCUCGCCCCGCCCUCCUCCCCCGCUGGCGCAGCAGGCCCGCCGAACCUGCAGCUCGUCCUCGUGCAAGUCAUCGGAGGCGCGUGCGACGCGUCUGCCGCGCACGCAUCUACCGCGGCGCUCAAUGCCGCGGCGAUCGCGGCGGGCGGGCCCGCGCUGCGCAUCGUCGCCGAGUGCGCGCCGCUGUCGGUCGUGCGCCAGUGGGAGGACGCCGCGCGCGGGGGCCCGGGCGUGUGGGAGGCCGCGGAGGGCGUCGUCCGCGCGCGGCUUGCGGCUGCGCGGGCGUGA